GUUAAAACACUUCAAACAAACCAUUGCCGCGACGUCUCCACUUUCAAUGCUUCCAAAGGUGCAGUUUGGGAAAUAAUUGAGAGGAGUUGUCAGCAGCCUGAGACAGCAAACCGCGUUCAUUCAUUUGGGAAUGAGUGUGUGAGAGUGUCGAAGCAGCAGUAAUGGCAUCAGGGGGAGAAAGCAGCGCUCCUGCAGAGGACGAGGGGGGUGUCCCACUGGACAUUGAUGAUGUACACUUACUCUUACAAGUGGAACAGGAACAGAUUCAGAAGAGGACAUUCACAAACUGGAUCAAUGCACAGCUCUCCAAGAGGAGCCAUCCAGCUGUUGUCCAGGAUCUGUUCUCAGAUCUCGGAGAUGGGACUCGACUGCUUGACCUACUGGAGGUGAUGAGUGGCCAGCGCAUGAAGCGCGAGCGGGGUCGUGGUGUGUUUCAGCACAGAGGCAACAUCGAGACCGCUUUGAACUUCUUGAAGAAUAAAUCCAUCAAGCUGGUGAACAUAAACAUCCCAGACAUCAUAGAGGGGAAACCUUCCAUCAUUCUGGGCUUGAUAUGGACCAUCAUUCUGCACUGUCAUAUAGAGGAGCUGGCCAACACUCUCUCUUAUGGAUCCCGUUCAUCCUCCCUGGACUCUCUGUCCAGUCUGGACUCUGUUCCUGGAUCUCCAGGCAGUAGUCCUGUUCCUCGAGGAGCAUCACCGCUCCACAAUCGCUUCCGUCUGUCUGCUAAGAAGACUUUGCUGCUGUGGGUUCGGGAACAGUGCCAGAAAGCUGGUUGCUCAGCCAGUGUGAGGGACUUUAAGUCCAGCUGGAGGACUGGUGAGGUGUUUCUGGCCAUCCUCUGCUCCCUUAGACCUGAUCUGGUGGACCUCUCUCAAGUCCAGACCAGCAGCCACCGGGAAAACCUGGAGAGGGCAUUUCACCUCGCUGAGAAGGAGCUCGGAAUUCCCAGACUGCUCGAGCCAGAAGACAUUGAUGUCAGUAACCCUGAUGAGAAGUCUAUCAUGACAUACAUUGCUCAGUUCCUGCAGUACUCCAAUGAUCUGCCCGUAGCUGAUGAUGAUUUUGAGCUUCAAACUCCGCUCUUUCCCACAAGCCUUUCUCCUGUCAACCUCCCUACAUACUUCACUCCUGCUGUGCUGGCCUCACCAAUCCACAAGGCUUCACCCAGUCAGAAAGCCAGAGAGAUGAAAUGCUGGCUAGAGCGAGCCUAUCAGGAGUUACUGGAGGCGUGGAAUUCCACAGAGGGGAAGGGAUAUGCAGAGAGGUAUCAGGCAUUUCAGAACUUUGUGGGGACUUAUUAUGACCAACGGCGUCCAGUUAUUCCACUUCUCAGUGCAAUGAGACGCUGCACUAAACCAAGUGAGGAGCAGAUGGCACUGAGAAAAGCAUGGGACACCAUGGAGGAGAGGUUGCAAGAGUAUAGAACAGAGCUUGAUGUUGGUUUGCCAGCCCCUCUGAACACACUGGGCCGGUGGCUACAGCAAAUGGAGGAUGUGCUAUCUGAAGACAGCGGGAACGCUGAAGAUCACGCACUUGCUUCCAGAGAUGCCAGACACAAGCAUGACCAGCUGAAGGUCUUGCUUGAGGACUUAAGCCAGCACUUGAACACCCUUCAUCACUACCAGAUCACAGAUGAUGAAGUGCCAGUCGAGAAGCUGGAGGAGAUCAAGAGACGUUUCACCAAUGCCAGAGUGACAGCCAAGUACCACGGCAUCAAGCUACAAUACAGAGAGCAGAUGCACCAUGUUUAUGACCUGCUGGGACAUCUGAAGUCUAAGCUGAGCUUGUGGAGAGGGCCUUACGGCUCCCAGGAGUCUGUUCAGUCUCUGCUACAAGAUUGGCACGACACUGUUGACAAGCAAGGUCUGGUGUGGAAGUUGAAGGAAGCAUUUAAUAAGCUGAAGGACACAGCAGUCAGCUAUACCAGCAAAGCAGCUCUGGCCGACGACUCACCUGUGGUUAACAGGCGGGUAAAAGAGGCCGAUAGUGAGACGGGAGUCAGUGCAGAAGCUGCAGAAGCAGUAAGAUCCAUCAUGGAACGUGUUCUGGCUGCAUGGGAGUCCUACAAAGACUGCCUGUAUCUAUUACAGGUCUGGCUGGGCCAGGAGAAACAGUCAGAGGCUCAAGAGCACAAGCAUUUUUCCUCCAGCCUGAAUGAGUGGAGAUUGCGUCAAGCCCAGCUGAACGAGGUGGGAAACUUUCUCAUUGAUAUGAGUGACGCCUCCACCAGCCAGUCUCUGACCGAAGAGCUCCGCAAACUUAACAUGCAGUGGGCUGACUUCAUAAAAAGGACCAAGUUUGCAGUGGCCCCUCAGCCCAUAUCUGCAGUCCCAGGUGUCCAAGCUUCCCUGAUGCAGGAAGCCAGCUGGGUGCUCAAAGAGACAGUUGUGGUGUUAUCUGGACCUCUACGUAUUUACAGAAAGAAACUCCAGGGCAUAACCAAGAAGAUGUCUGAGUUCAAGCUGAACUCUUUGUCCCCAUCUCCAGACUGCAAAGAUGAAACUUUUCAGAAAUUCAUACAAACUCUUCCGGAGACACUUGAGACUUUGACGCGGGUGGAUCAGGUGUGUGAGAGACUCCAGAAAGCCGCAUCUCUGCUCGAGGGCAGGCUGGCUGAGCUUGAAAACUGGAGCAACGAAGCCCAAGAGGUCUGCCACCACCUAAAAGAAAGGCAGCACAGGGGCCACCAGGGCCCACAUCCCAGGGCUAAAGCACUGAUCUCCAGAGGUCUACAGUUGGAAGGACAGGUGGUGACAGAAGGUGAGGACCUGCAGGUGCUGGUGACAUCGGUGCAAAAGAAUUCCUCCCUUCCUUACCUCAACACAAUGGCAAUACAAGACCAACUGAAACGAACUGUCUCACACUGUCAGGAGGUUACUGAGAUGCUCAGUUCUCAUGGAGUGAAGCGUGAAGGACAGCCUGUCGGACUGCAGCCUGCUUCCAAGGUUUUUGUGCAGGCACAUUGUCAGCCUGAAUCCCAAACUAGAAUCAUUCAGCACCAUCAGGAUCAGACAUUCUUCCAAAUCAGCAAAUGUUCUCUAGAGAGUCCAGUAGAACAUCAAAACCAAGAACUCCAUUUUUCUCAGCUGCAGCCACAAUUGGAAACCACCAGUGGCAUACAGCCCCAGUUUCUCCCCCAGAUUCAUGAAAAAUCUCCAAAAGCCCAAAGCAAAACUGUAUGCCAAAUACAGUAUGCAGAGCUCAAACAGCCUUUGAUGACUUCUGUUGUUAGCAGGAACGUUCAGUUGAAACCCCAAACUGAGGUUCAACUGAUCUCUGUAGACUCAAGCCUAACCAAUCGCUUUGGACAAUCAGACCUUCAAGCUGCCUUAGUAAACUCAAGCCAAAACAGUGGCUUUGGACCUUUACAGGUUAUCUCUGUAGACCCAAACCAAUCCAGUGACUUUGGGCCAUCAGAGCAACAGGUUGUUUCUGCCAACUCAAGCCAAACCAGUGGUUUUAGACCAUUAGACUCUUUCCAGAUUAUAUCUGUAGACUCAGGCGAAACCCGAGGCUUUGGACCAUCAGACCUUCAGGUUAUCUCUUUGGACUCAAGCCAAAGCAGUGGCAUUGAACAUUCAAACCCUCUACAGUCUUUCUCUUCAACUGUGUCGAGCUCAAGCAUGUUGCUUACAUCGGUUACUAUGACUCAACUAAGAAUGCCAGUCACGCAGCACCUUGAUUCACCAUCAAAUUGGCAACCACAAACCUCCUUGGUGACCCCACACCAAAGACAAAAGGUUCUGGUCAAAAGUCACAGUUUUCCAAAACCCUAUGAGCCAUCACAAACUCUCCCUGUUACCAUGCUUGCAUCCUCCCCAAGUACUUUGCCUACACCGGUAACAGUGACUCAACAAAGAUCUCCAGUCGCACAGAACCUUGGUUCUACACCGAAAAGGCAACCUCAGACCUCUGUGACAACCCAACACCAAAGACAAAGGGUUCUAUCCAAGAGUCGCAGCUUUCCACAGCCAUCAGAGGCUCCAGGUGUUCCCCAUGUCCCAAUACAGAAUGAGGUGUAUGCCAGAGCUCAGGCUUUGGCCAGGAGCAGACUGGAUAAAGCAAAACAACACCUGGAUGAACACAUACGGGAUGUCAUCACAGUGAUCAGCACCAGAGACAGAUCUAAAAAACAAGCCAAGAAAAAACAGUCCGUGUCACGUCUUCUCAGGCCUUUAGUGUUGGAGGUGUUUCUAGAAGCUGUGAAGGGAAUGGGUGAUUUCUGCUCCGAUGCCCAUCUCAGAGACAUGGACCUCCUCUCUCAGUCAGUCAGAGCCCAAUGGGAGGUAUGUGCCACAGAAGCCGAGCGUUCAGUGCAUCUGGAAGCCUUGAGAAGAAUUUCAGAGAUUCUGCAGGCCACAGAGAGUGUUCUUCCCAGCACCACCCAUCAGAGAACCGACACAGAGAGGGCGGAGAAUGUUCAAUGCCACACACACUCCACAAGUGACUUUGCACCAUGUCAGGAUGGCAGGGGGGUAGCAGACCUGAGCCGUGUCCACUCACAGGCUGUUGUCCAGACCAACAUCGUGGAGAUAAAACAGAUACCAGAGAGGACCGUCAUCCAUCCCUGUUCAGCACAGGAAACUCCGAGCGGCUACAGUGCUGCACAGUCAGUUCUCCAGCAGCAACUGCUUAACAACAGUCAGCAGCUGGAAUCAGAGUUUCCCAUCAGCCCCGGCAGCAAUGCCAAUAUCUCUGCUGACUCAUUGAGGACUCAACUCCAGAACAUACUGGCUCUUAAGGACCGGACGGAGGCUCUGUGGCGUGAGUUUGAGCUUCAGUGUUCACAGAGCUCUCAGCACAUGGAAGAUGGCUGUAAAAUGGAGCAGGAGAGAGCUCAGCUCGUUCAACAGUGGAGGAAACAACAGAUGUACGUUCAGGCCAGGGUAAAGUCCCUUGAAACUGCGGCAGAGCUGCUGGAGUCAGCGGAUAUUCAGAUUGGACUGAUUUCUGAUCAGAUCAAACAGAUCAGUCAAAAACCUCUAAAUAUCAGAAACUUUGCCAUUGCUGAUCCCAAAAAUCUACAUGAAGAACUAAAGCUUUUAGAUAAAAGUAUCGAGAAAGAGCUGUUUCUGCUUGAUAAGAGUGGUGGUUCACUUAGUGACGCUGCUGAUCUGAGUCACAUUGAGCUCCAAGCUCAUCUUCCCCUUCAGCAAAAUCUCCACGACCGCACAAAGUGCUUGGACCAGCAAAGACAAUGUCUGAGGAAGAGUGAAUCGGCCCUGAUGGGCCUCAUGAACCUCUUAUCACAUCUCCAGCAGUUGAAUGCCAACCUUAAUGCAGCUCACAGCACAUCAAAUCGCAGUUCAGUCUCCAUCCGGCAAAGCCUUCAGCAGGCCAGGGAAGAUUCGGUUCAGCUAGACCGAAUGCUGGAUGAAGCUGGCAUGAGAAUAACUCUUGAUGAGAAACCAGGCAGCUGUCAUGAGAUGGUGUCAGCUCUGACACUGCGUGCCGAAGAGGUUGAGAGCAGACUGGGUGUAGGGCUGAAACAGACUGACCGAGGAGGGAAAGGAAGAGCGGAGGGAGAACAGAGGGACAGAGCGUUCGGUAGGAAGAGGAUGGGCCUGCAGGUCGCCCUGAGGGAGGUGCUGGCAGCACUCGAAAAACAUGGCCUGAAGGAGCCCACACUUCCUGCAUUACAGCACAGGUUACGCUUCCUGACAGACAUGGAGAGCAAACUGCUUGCACUACACUCAGAGAUUCAGGAUCUGAGGAAUACUUGUGCACAGACAAGCACCUCAGAGACCGCCAUCAGCGAGCUGCAGACGCAAUGGGAAAACGCACACAGAGCAGUCACAGAGAGUCGUGAACAGUGUGUCUCUUUGAGCGAACUGCUGAAGAAGUUCCAGAGCUGCCGAAAUCGCUUGGGCAGCACUUUGCAGAAAGCAGAGCAGACUAUUGGUGAUCAGGCCUCUUAUAUGAGCAAAGACAACCUGCAGCUCCUGAUCAGUAAGGUGACCAGUAUAAAGUCAGAUCUCGGUGGUCUUGGGGACGGGGUGGAGGAGUUCAGAGCUGUGUGUCGACAGCUGCAGUCUCUGAUGAGAAAGGUCCCAGACUGUGCAGACGCUCCGUUUGAGAGUGAGGCUGACACCCUCAUGGACCGCUGGCUUGAUGUCACCGAGAAGGCAGACUGUCAUCUGGACAACCUACAAGCUGGCUUUUCUCUGUGGGAAAAACUCCUACUGUUGGCUGGAGAGGUGGAGGGCUGGAGCGCCCAAAAGCUGAUGACACUUGCAGAGUCACACCCCUUUCAGACAGAGCAGGAUGUGUCUGCCAUGCAGGAUGAACUCAGGAUACAAGAGGAGAACAUUGAAUAUUUCCAUCGCAGAUCUUCAGAGAUCCAGGAGAAGCUGCAGAGUCGCGAGCUCCCACUGGAGCUACAGGUGAUUGAGAGCCAGCUGAGGAAGAAGAUGGCAGAGGUGAAGGAGCUCUUUUCUGAGACCAGUGAUGUUUUUAGACAGCUGGAAGCUGCCAAGGAGAAGGUGGCAUCUGAUAUCGUAGAUCACCUGUCCUCCAUUCAGACUAUCACAAAUGCACUGACCACAUCUGAGAGCCCUCUAGACCUCAAAACAAUCCAGGGCUUAUCGGAGCAGUUGCAAGCGGAGGCAGAACAGGCAGAUGCAUUACUGCAGCAGAUAAGUCUUCUGGCCAGCAUUGCAGGUCUAGAAAACCUACAGACGCUGGCUGAAGAUGGAGCUCACCUUGGAGAAAGCAUCUGCAUGGCCAGAGAGCUAGUCAUAGAGAAGAGAGAGCAAGUAAUGAACCCAAACAGACCUAAAAAUGAAAUGGUCCAAGAGCCUAAAUACAUCAAGCCCUUGAUUGAAAAAACAGAAGAUACUGUGCCAGAGAUACAGUCUGAAUCUAAUGGUAAAACAGAGGAACAGUCCACAACACAAGAUGAGCUGCAGGACUUCAAAGAGCAGGCCUGCAGCCGGGCCGGUGAACUGCAUCUGAAGCUUUCUGAGGAUGUGAACAGAUGGGUAACACCUGAGGGGAAACUCACAGCGGUGCAGGAUGUGUGUGGAGAGAAUAUGACUGAGGAGCUGAAGUGUGCAAUCUUAAUACAACAGAGCCACAAGGGUCUGGACUCUCUACAGGGUCAGAGAGAGGGCAGCUCGACUGCUUUAAAGACUGUAGAACAAGUGGACGGAAACCUAACAGAGGUUGAGAAACUGUCUGAGGCCCUGCAGACAAGCUGUACUCCAGAGGGUCAGACUGCUCUCUCUCCAGAAGCUCAACCGAUAUUUGGAAAGACACCAGCCCUGAGGAAGAUCUUGGAAGACGAGAGGACUAAAGAAGGGAACUCUGAUCUAGAUCAAUGUUCCAUUCAGUGCAUCGAGCCUCAGCAGCCUGGAGUGUCCACAGAGGAGCUCCAGUCAAUUCAGGUUGCUGAUGACAGUGAAGUGGAUGACAUGGAUCAUAUGAAUGUAAAAUUCUUGACCACAAAGGAAGUUAGUGAAACAGAAGAUCUAUCACCUUGCUCAGAACAACAAGCAACCGAAGAUCUUGGGAACCUUCCAUUAGGCCACGACUCAAAUGAGCAGCUGUUCGUGUCUGGAUCUAAAGAGAUGGAUGGAACUGGAUCUGUAUUAAGAGAAAGUGACCUCAAAUCCACUCAUGGCUCAUCCUGUGAAUCAUUAAAGCAUGUCUUUACCAUAGUGCUGGACUAUGAUCUUACCAAACCCAACCAGAACCCACUAACACAAGCUGUCCCGGCUUCUUCAGCUAAAUGGGAUACUGUUUCAGUUUUUCAUGAUUGGACCGCAGAGAUGUCAGAGGAUGGCCUGAAACUUUUGGAAGUCAAACCAAAUGUUGAUUUAGCUGUGGAUGAAGUACAUGAUGCAAUAAGCUCUUCUGAUGAACCUAUACAUUUAUAUGCUGAUCUUUCAAAAUCAGAAGUGCAGGUUAAAGAAACCAGCCACACUGAUAAUAUUGAACCCACUCAUUCUGAUCUAGACCUUGAUUUCAGGCCUAAACCAGAGAAAGACUCAUCUACUCAAGCAUUUGACCCAAUGCUUUCAUACCCAGGGAAGCAUCAAGGAAGCUCUGGAACUGCGAAGAAAGUAUUUACCAUCAUCCUGGAUGUUGAUACUCCUGCAUUAUCAUCAGACUGGUAUCAAUCACUGCAAGAGACACGCUGUACAGGUCCUAAAGACUCAACCACAGAUGAAUUCUCUCAUUCAGAUGUAAAAAAUCAACAGGCAAUCUCCUCUGGUACUGAGCAACCUGAAGGCCAAAUGGCUGAGCUAGAUUUAUCUGAAGAGGCCAAUGUGAAAUCAAGUAGCUCUGAAAUACAGCCAGGACAGAAGGCAUCAAGGCUUAUCCAACCCCAAACACCUGAGAUCACGGAGACUGACGUUCAAAAAGAUAAAGAGAAGCAACAUGAAGUCACUGAUGCAGAAACAUCAAGCCAAAUGGAUGUUCACACUGGAGAAAGCAAUAAGUCCGGGUCUGUAGUUCACCAACAGGAUGUCCCAGUGUUGGAGAGCCAUGAUGAGGUUGACAAAAACACCACUGAAGCGGCUUCAAGUAAAGCAAAAUCCCUUCAAAAGCCUCCUAAAGUAGCUAAAGGUAGAAACAAGAACAGAAAACCAGCUGGUGUAAAAAAAGCAAACAAUGUCAGUAAUAAAAAGCACAACGCAUGUAAAUCUGAACAUAAGAACACAACUGACUCAGAAAGCCUUCCAACAUCUGAAGUCAGGUUGCCGGACACCAUAGACACUUCACUGACUGUGUCUUCAGACUUUAGUCAGUCAAACACUGCAAAGCCAUUGAGCACACAAGACAAACUAACAGUGGACACUGUGCAGAAAGAGACCUUGAAUCAAACUGAGACAGAGGAUGGACAUUUUGAAAAUGCUAGCUUCUCACUAGCUGGAGAUGACCAUGUUAGUACCAUAGAUAGUGUGCUUUUAGCAGCAGUGGAGUCUGUGCAGUCAACACAUACAGGGGACUCCGAAUUAACCCCAACGGAUUCUUCAUCUAUUGUGACAGCUGACUGUAAAACACAAAUUCUUACCGCAGUCCUAUCAGAGUCACAGCUCGGCCAAGCUGAAGCUCGGAGGACAGAGGAUUCAGAUGGCACUUUCCCUUUGCAAUAUGAAGAAAUGCACAGAUUCAAUUCACAUCCAUCUGCCAGGAAUAAAAUUCCCCAAAACAGAGGAUCAGUACCAGACGGUGAGGAUAAAACGAGGCCUAUGGAGCAGCCUACUGGGACACAUGUGUGGGCCGUUUUACUGAACACCAUCACUAAUGUUCAGCCACUACUGGUGACCAGUCACAGUUCUGAGGAAUCUAGAUCAAGGAAAGAUUCCUUGUUUCAGAAUUCAUCGCUCUUCGAGUCUGAGAGCAGUCUGGCAUGGGCUAUCCUGUGGGUGUUCAGAUGUCGGUACCAACCGGCCAAACUCAGCAUUGCACAUAUGACUCAUCAGCUGGAAGAAGCUGAGAUCUGCCGGCAGUAUGUCUUAGAGAAGGUGGCUAGACUGCCUCAAAGUGAAUCAAGUGCAGGAUGCUCUACAAAGCCUGAGCAGACCAUAGAGGGCAGAUGGAACACAGUACUGAUGGAAACCUCAACUAUGGUGGAGUACAAAAAGACACAGCUCCAGCAGGUCACACAGUACCACCAGAAAAAACAGGCUCUCGCGGAUACUUUACACAACCUGAACAAUGAGCUCAGUGCACUGACACAGGAUUGCAUUGACAGCAGCACCUUGCAAGUGGAGAGGCUUAAUGCAUUCCUGAAGAACAUGCAGAAGAAGAGAGGCGUACUAGAGGAGCUCCUACAGACAUGCUCUCAGAUUUCAGCCCAUCUGGGUGAGACAGAGGGACCUGUGACCUGUAUUGAACCUUUUAGGACUUUACAGGAGAGAUGGCAAACUAUGGAGCAGGUUGCUUCCAGCAAACUGUGGUGUGCUAACAUCUGCACAGCAGAAGUAGCUGCACUCCUGCAAGCAGCCAGAGAGCUGCACCAUGAACUGGAGCUUCUGGAGAAGUCAGUUUCUCCGCAUCCCUCUCAAGGACAGAUGGACAGCCAAAGCGCGCUACAAGAGACUGUGAAAACUGCAGACCUGGCAGUGUUAACAGAGCGCUACUUGUAUCUUCUUGAGGUCUCUCAGGCUCUUUCCUCAAGUCCACUUGGAAAAAAAGAGCUCAGAGAUGUGGAGGACGCAAUGCAGGGCUUGAAUUCUCAGCUUGCUCUGACUCAGGAGAACAUCAGCACUCAGACUUCAAAUGGCAAUGGUUCCUCACCGAUCAUGAGGAUUAUCAGGGACUAUGUUACAUGGGCUAAGCAAACAGAAAGCAAAGUCAGUAGCAGAAGAAGGUUGUCUCUGUUUCCUGAAGAAGCAAGUCACCAGGUCAGUCACAUGAAGAAACUGCAGUCUGAAACAUCUCGUAAGAGGUUUCAGUUGGCCUCUGUUUUGAAAGAGCUUAGAGAAGAACUUACAGGACUCAAUAAGGAGGAUCCCAUGUCACCCACCCUCGAUGCCCUAGAGGAUUUGUACGUUAAGCUUACAGAGAAGACUGAAUGUGCUGUUGCAGAAAUGAACAGAAUGUUUCAUAUUAGAGAAAGACUGUGGAAACAGAUCACUGACAGCAGUUCUUGGUUGACCUCAGUAUUAGAAAAAGAUUCUGGUAAAACAGUGGCUUCUGAACCUAAAACUACUAUCCCAGAAUUGAGGGUUCAGCUUCAGGUGUGCACAGAGGCUUUGAAGGAUGCUGAGAGACAAGCAAAUAAUCUGGAGACUCUGUUAGAUGAAAUGAAAGAAGUGAAACACGGCCUGAAUGUACCCGAAAGCUUUCAACUCAUCAAUAGGCUAACAGCCUUACAAAAAGAGGUAUCUAGGGUUGUGAACCGUAAGUGGGCCUUGCGCUGGGUGCUUGAAGAACUCAUUCAUGCUCAGGAAUCUUCUGCUGAGGAACAGAACAUCACUCUGAAGAGCUUGAGACAGAUGAGUGCUGAUGUCACGAGGCAGAAGUAUCCCGUAACAAGGGACUCACUCUUGGCUCUUGAACCUGUUAAGCACAUGCUGAUGGAGCUCCUCUGCAAAGUGCCUGAAAUUUCCUACUGUCCAGAUCCUCGGAGGAAAGAGAUGCUCAAUGCUGUACUAGACCUACAAAGAAGAAUACAUCUGCUGGAGCUGCAAGCCAAAGAGCAUGAGGAGUACCUCAUUUUAAGGCAGCACAUGGAGAACUCCAGAGAGGCGGUGAAGAAGAGCUUGUUGCAGAUUGAAGACUCAAGUGUAGGAGAUGACGUAAGGCUCCGCUUUUGUCAGACUGUCCUGGUGGAGCUGCCUUUGGUGAGAAUGACAUGUCAAGAAGCCUCUGACCACCUUGAGGCCAUUUCGAAAGAUCUCUAUCCAUCCCAGCUGACAGCAGAAAGGCACAAAAUCCAUUUGGUCAUUGAGCAGCUAGCCUCUUGGGAGCUCACAGUAAAAAAAGAGGCUAAAACCAUUGAGUGCUGUCUGGUAGAGCGACUCGGCAGUCCGACGGACCUCAGUCCACUCACUGAGCUCUUCAACAGUGUCAGACAGCAGCUGAAAGAAACCAUCAGCUUGAAGCCAGAUUAUAAGACCAUUGAUACACAGCUACGAAAGCACUGGAUGCUAAUCCAGACCGUUGAGUCUGUUGUAAGAAUAUUGGAGCACUAUAGGAAUGAAGAAGAUGUUGAAAGCUACCAGAUGACCAUCGAUCUCGGCCAGAAAACUCUUAAUGAUUGCGGUAUGCAUACGGACAAGCUGCUCCAAGCUCGGGAGGCACUGAAGCAUUACCACUGGGCUGUUCAGGGUGCAGAUAGCUUCUUUCAGCAGAUUGGAUCCAGUCUCAUGAUCCUCUCUGAUAGCUUCAAAGGCUACAAAGAGGAGCAUCGCUAUGUUCAACAGAUUUUCAGCACUCUGGUUACGGAUUUCCAGGCUCGCUUGUCUGACGUUGGUGCUUCUGUUCCCCAGCAGACAUGCCUCUCCAUCCCUCUAACUGAGCAGCUUCAUAUCGAGGUUUUGAGUCACCUUCUAGUACAAGAUGCCAAAUUAGAAGCUCAGGCUCAGCUCAGACUUGAGUCCAUACAGAGGUCAAUGAAAGAUCAAAUUGUGCACAUGAGUCACCAUGAAGAGCUGAAUCAGCAUCUCAAAAAUGUUGAUUCUCAAAUCUCAAAAUGUUUGAGUCAAAAACCAGCUGAUUCGGAAGCCUGCCAAGAUCAACUGCUGGAAAUAAAGGUGCUCCAGACAGAGCUGGAGAACCUCUCGAAAAAGCUGGAGGAACUGAGUGAAAGCUGCCCAGGACUUCGGUGCAAAGCACCCUUGGAUCUAAUGCUGGGACAACUGUGGAGGUCUUGGGCAGUGUUGCAGUGCCGAGUGGAAUCUCUCAAAGCCAGCAUGUGUCACAAAGAAGCAGAGUGGAGAGACUUUGAGAUACGCCUGAAUAAAUCAAAGGAAGGUCUUGAGAGACUGCAGAAUGAUCUCCCAGACUCGUCUACGGUGAAGGGAUCCCUGGAGGAUCUUCAGGGUGUUCUGAGCCUUACUGAGCGCCUUCAAGAUGGGAUUGAGCAGGAGCAUCACACUUUGGCAUCUCUACAACACCAUGUGGCACGAUUGCUUGGGGUCUCAAAUUUGCAGCAGCUGAAAGUGUGUCCUCAAAUCUGUCAGGACUUGCAGUCACUACUGGAUCACUGCAGAAGUCUCAGAGAUCAGAGCAAUAAAAUCCGCCGGGAGGUCCUUGUUGAGAUCCAGGAGUUGGGUCGUGUGCAGGAGGAGCUGAGUGCCAUUCAGCAGAAUGUUCUCUCUCUUUCGACGGCUUUACAGAGGGAGUCAGCUGCUCAACACUUACAGGAAGUCAAAGUGGAGAUGGUUUCACAGAAUGCUCGACUGCAGGAUGUCAUGGACAGAGUGCAGAAGAAAUGGAGCUGUGUACCCACAGAGAUUCAAAUCUUAUGCAAUGAGCUCAACGUCUCCAUGCAGGAGGCCAAAGACAAAUUGGUCAUGGUCAUCGAGAGAAGUGGUCCUCUCUGCAAAAUGGGUGAGCAGGUUGGAGAGGUGACGGUGGGCUUGAAUUGUGUGAAGGCCCUGCUGAAGCAAACAAGUCCUAAUUUUUCUGAGGCUGAACGUACACAAAAGCGCAUAUGGGAUGAGCUGGACCAGUGGCACACUCGGAUAGCUGAGCUGGAGGCUGAGGUGCAGGAUCUGGCUGAGCAGAAGCCUGAGAGGGCACACAUUCUCAUGGACAAGCUCAUGGAGCCUCUGCAGCUCUACCAGACCACAGCCAAACAGGCCGAGCAAAGGACCGCCCUCAUCAGCAAAAUCCCUGCCUGUCUGCAGGACUAUGAGGGUUUGCUCAAUAGUGCCAAUUGCUGGUUGAGAGAGGCUCAGUCCUGGCUGGUCGCACCCAGAACCUACACCACUGCCAAAUGCAUCCACUCUCAUGCCAAUUCCCUCAAGAUGAUGCUGGAUGAAGCGGAGGGAUACAAGGCAGAUGUGGAGGCCUUCCUGCCUGCUCUGCUGGAGAUCACUCCAGUGUGUGACACCACCUCUCAACAACAUCUUCUCCAACUGUGUGUACAAAACAUCACACUCAUGCAGCAAAGUGUUCAGGACCCUCUCUCCCACCUUCAGCACCUAGCAGCUGAGAUGGAUGCCAUUGAAGCAGAGGUAAAGGAUAUGGAGAAAAAUAUAACUAAGAUCAGAAGAAUCCUUUCAGCCACUGACACAGGGAACAUUUCUCCUGAGGAACAUCUCGAGAACAUACAGGUCAUUCUGGAUAAUGUCCAGUCCAUGAAGAGGACCAUUGAUGAGAUUGAGAGCUGCAGGCCUGACCUAGGGCUUCCUGCCGGAGCAGAGCAGACUCUCACAGCUUUCCAUCGGGCUCAAGAACUCCUGCAGCCCAUCCAGGAGCUACAGCAGCUCAGUGUGGAGCAGAGCACAGCGCUGAGGGCCUCUAUUGAACAACCAACUGAAAUGAUUCUCCCUGCAGACCAAACCACAGAAUUCACAAUAUCAGAUCUUUCCACUGGAGAUAUGAGGGUCUCCAUGGAAGGCCCUUACACUGAGGAGGAAGAUGAAGACAAUCAGUCUUCAUCCUCAGGAACUCUCACAUGCAGUCUUCCAGAGGACCCAGAUGAGACAAUAGCGGAGGAAGAUAUGAAGUCAGACACUGCCUCUGCUGUAAGAGAUUGUGACACUAAGGAAUCAUCUCCUGAAGAAGAUGAUUUUCCUGCAGUAAUUCAAGACGCUGACACAGGAAGUUGUUUACUGGAGCCUUCGGACUUCUCUGAAAUGCCUGGCAUAGUCAGCGGCAGACCAGUUACUGAAGAGACAAGCUCCCCACCUGCACUAACAUCCCAACAUUUGAAAGAAUUCAGCUGUCUGAAGCCUGACAGUGCAAAUAUAGAUGAGGAAAAGCAAAAUGAGUACACCAAAACCAAGUCAAUUGAAGCAGUUCCAGCAAAGCUAGAAAUAUCCUCAGACACCACCUUGUUAAAAGCAAGCGAUUCCAAAGAAUUGACUGAAGAGUUUGAAUCUGAAGAUCAGAAUGAAGGAUCUGUGAACACUAAAACGGGUACAAGUGGUCAAGUGAAAACAAGGAGCCCAAAGCCACGUGACACAGAGGCAAUAAAUGUUGCUGAUGGUGAUCUGUCACAGUCUGAAGCAGGAGCUGAAGAUCAGUCUACAAAGAUGAGACGGCAUGUGUUAGAGAUUCCGGUGUCUGCGUUGAAUGUCAGUGAAUCACAGAUGGAAGACUCAACUAAACUCCUCAAGGACCUUUCAAGCAUCAAGAGUCUUCUAGGCGGCUCAUGGACUUUGGCACUUGAGCGGCGGAAGUCAACGGGACAGAAUAAUAUUGAGCUCCAGAGAUGUUCUAUAGCUCUUCUGAAGGGUCUGCGGGGUCUCCUGCAGCUGGGCUCUGAGCGGCUGCAGCGCAGUCAGAAUGCACAGCCACAAACCUGCAGUCAACUGCAUAAUCUGCUCACAGAACACAAGAAAUACUUCCAAGAUUUGGGUCAGGGCCUUGUACUGGUCAAGCUGCUAUACCAUAAGCUGCCAGAGGGGGCACUGCAGGGCCAAGCAGAGGUGGAGCAGUUCAUAUCAGAUCUACAGGAACAAGCACAAACUCAUGGUGUCCAUAUGCAGCACAGAUUAGAGGAGUGGUCUCGGUACGAGGAGGUCACUGAGAGACUGCGUGAGCAGUUGGAUGAGAUCGAGACAAACAUGUCCAGUCUGGGUUCAGAGACAGAGGGAGACUUGCAGUGUCAGCUGCAGUCCUAUGAGAGAUUGCACAAGAUCCUGGAAGACACAAGGUCUCGGGUGUGGGAGGUCCAAGACCGAGCCAGGAUCCUACAGAAAAAGGGUUGUUACCCUGAGCGGCCUGGCCAGACUGUCCCAAAAUCACAACUGUUGUUAUGCUGGAUGGAGCUUCGUAAUCAAAUACAGCAGAAGAUACAGUCUACACAGAAGAUCAGAAAGAUUUAUGACAGGUUCCAGCGUGACUCAACAGAAUUAGAAGAAUGGAUGCGUCAUGCUCAAGAACAGGUUCAGAAGUGGAACGGUUUCUCUGAUUCUGGUUUCUUAGACUCCAGAACAGUCUGUACCCAGCUCAUGGAGUUUUUCAAGGAGCUGGAGGGCCGUUCAGCACAGAAAGCUUCUGCAGAACGUUCAGGUGCACAGAUACUGCAGCUGACUGACAGUGAAGCUCCAGGUCUGCUCAGACGACUGGCUCAACUUGAGCAGGAAUGGAUGAAUUUGAGUAACGUCCUGCCCGCUCUUUGCCAAACGCAGCAACAACUGUUGACAAACCAGUCUCACAGUCAGAUCUUGGACAGCUUGACCUCCUGGCUUGAAAAUGUAGAGGGACGACUGAAAGAUGAAAGCUCUCUGAGCUCCUCUGAGCUGUCUAGACAUCUACAGGCUUUGAAGGAUCUUAAGGCUGAAAUAACCAGUCAUCAGCCAUACUUUGACUUUCUGAACUAUCAGUCUGUGGAGGGGGCGGGAUCAGUGAAUGGACCCACCAAUCGUAAUGAGCGCAUCCUGUUUGCUGAGCAGCUGGGAGCUCUCAAUAAGAGUUGGCUUAUUCUAAAGGCCAAAAUUGACAGCAAGAUACAUGAUGUUGAGGACCAGUGGCAGACCUGCACCGACAGAGAAAAGCGUUUGCGCUGUAUGCACAGCUGGAUCUCUCAACGUAUUGAAUGGGUGAAAAACAGCUGGCGACCAGAGAGCUGCUCGCAGAUUGAGCAAGCAUUAAAGGAGUGUGAAGAGACAGAGAACAGGCUACAGGUGAAGUCCUCUGAGCUGAAGGCUUUGGGAGCUCUAAACCUGUUCGGGCAACAGGAUGGUGAACAUCCCGGAGAUCAAGCGUUCUCCAAGCAGGUGAAUUCAGCCAUCCAGGACUGCCAAGCUUUGAGUCAACAGAUAAAUGCUCUCAAGUCAGAUUUAGAGUCAAUCAAAGAUGAAUGGGCUCACUUUGAAUCUAAAAUGAGUGCAGCAGAACUGCAAACAACCGGGGUGGUCUACAAGCUGGAGCUCUGCAGAGUUUCUGUGUUCUCAUCUGAGCAGAGCCGGACUCAUGUGGAGCACCUGCAAGAGCUUGAAAGGGAGCUGAACCAAUCAGAAACCUGGACCCAGUUAACUGAGGUGUUCUCUAACUUGAAAGACAAACUCAGCCCUUAUGCAUCUAAACGUUUGUCUGAUCGUCUCGAGAAGGAGAGAACUCGACAUCAAGCAGUGAUUGGAGAUGUGCAUGCAGAUUUACUAAAAGCCCAGAAUGCAUUGCGGUUUUGGCUGGAAUACGAGCGACUCACAGGAGAGUGCUGUGUUCAUCUAAAUCAACACUGGGAGAGGCUUGGAGAGCUUAUGAGUUCUUCAGACAGAGAAGAAAACACUGUAGAGCUGCUCAACAGCAGGAUGCAGGCCAUCAAUGCUCUGGAGAAAGACAUACCUGCCUUGCAAAGCAGUGUGGGAGAAGUCCUGAAGGCCUCAAAGCUUCUCACUGGACAUGUGAAACCCCAGUCAGCCUCUCUAAUCAAAUCAGAAACCAGGCUGCUGUCACGUGACCAUGAGCAUCUUUGCAAGGCACUUUCUGACAUUGGGGCACAAGUUCAGGAGGAGCUGGAGGAGCACCGCCGUUUCAGCACUGAGUUGAAGUCAAUGGAGCAAAAACGUAAAAACUUUGAAAGCAUUAUGAGCUCCCCCACUGCAAGCAUCGAAAGACUAAAGAUGGUUCUGUUAGAUCUGAGUGGGCUGAACCCUAGCCUUGCUGCUCUGAAUCAGACAAGUUUCGGACUCUUCUUAAGCUCUGAAGAGGAGGAGAGGUUACAGACCCUCAACACACAAUGGGUUCAGGUCUCCUCUCAAGUCUCAGACCGACACAGGCGAAUGUAUGGAGAGCUGCUGCAUGCUCAGAACUUCCAGCAGAAGUGCCAGAGCUGGAUGGAGCUCCUGGACACGAUCGAGGCUGGGACAUCCAAUCAGAUGUCUGGAAACGGUGCUGCUGUUAGAGAGCAGCUAGUUGCACACCAGAGGUUGAAAGUGGAGGUCCUCAUCAGCCAGCAGCUUCAGGAUGCCAUGAUCAGUGAGGCUUCACGCUUCCUGGAGAGCAGUCAGAAUGAGGACAGGAGUCAUCAGAUCCUGAGCCUCACCCAGCUAAAGACACGAUGGCAGGGGACACAGCAGAGGGUCCAGCAGCAAGACAAAUGUCUGGAAGAGCUGAUAGGACAGUGGGAACUCUAUGAGUUCGGCUCAAAGAAACUUUCAAAGCUACUCGGACACAUCGAAGAACUUGUGCCACCAGCAGGACUGGAUCCAUGCAGCUUACAGCAAAUCAAAUACUCUAUAAAAGACUUUGAGUGGACCGAGGAGCAACUACAGCUUCAUGAAGAACUGUACAGGCAGACUGUGGCAGCAGGAGGACAGAUCCUUCCGCUUUCAGAUGCGCAGACGCAGACAUGCCUUCAGACCGAACUGGAUGCGCUCAAGGAGAUGUGGGAGCGAAGCUGUGUCCUUGUGGGGAAAAGAAAGGCUCUUGCAGACACCAUAACUCAUAACUGGAUGCUCUGUGAAACUGGCCUGGUUGAGAGUGCUCUCAAACUGGAAGAGAUAAAAGCAAGACUGAAGAGUCCACUGCCAGAGAAGCUAGAAGAUCUAGAAAUUCACAUGCAGCUCAUCAAGGAGGACGAGGACUCGCUGCAGAUUUGGGCUGGAGGACUGAAAGAGUUGACCACCAUGAAGGCAGACGUGUCUCAGUAUGUGCUGCCCACAGACACCAUGCUGCUUCAGGGACAGGUGGAAGAACUUCACAGCCAAUGGGAAGAACUGUGCUUGAAGGUGUCACUUCGCAAGCAGGAAAUAGGUGAUCGCCUGAACGCCUGGAUCAUCUUCAAUGAUAAAAACAAGGAGCUCUGUGAUUGGCUGAUGCAGAUGGAGAAAAAAGUGGCACAUAGGGGCGAAAACCUUAGUAUCGAGGAAAUGGUUGAGAAACUUAAAAAGGACUACAUGGAGGAGAUUAACCUCUUCAGCGAGAACAAGAGCCACCUCAAGCAGCUGGGCGAGCAGCUCCUAUUGGCCAGCGACAAGGCUAAGGAGGCCGAGAUCCACGGGGUCUUGCAAGAUGUCAACGACCGCUGGCACCACCUGUUCGACAACAUUGAGGCCAGGGUGAAAAAGCUGACAGAAACUCUGGUGACAGUGCAGCAGUUGGAUAAGAACAUGAAAAACCUUCGCUCUUGGCUCACUCACAUUGAAGCUGAUCUGGCCAAACCCAUUCACUACAGUAUCUGCCACAGAGAUGAGAUCCAAAAGAGACUGGCUGAGCAACAGGACCUGCAGCGUGACAUCGAGCAGCACACAGAGACAGUGGCGUCUAUGCUCACCCUGUGUGACAUGCUUCUGCGUGAUGAGGAUGCUUGCAGCAGCGAUGGAGAGAAUAACUCAAUCCAGCAAACCACACAGCGCUUGGACCAGCGCUGGAGAAAUAUCUGCUCCAUGUCUCUGGACAGGAGACUUAGGAUUGAAGAGACAUGGAGGCUGUGGUGCAAGUUUCAGGAGGAUUACUCUUCCUUUGAGAACUGGCUGAACGUAGCAGAGCGCUCCGCUGCUGAACCCAAUUCAUCAGACGUCCUGUACACUGAUGCCAAAGAGGAACUCCAGAAAUAUGAGAUUUUCCAAAGGCAGGUACAUGAGAGCCUGGCCCAGCUGGAGUUUAUUAAUAACCAGUACAGACGACUGGCAUGGGAGAACCGCGCCGAUGCAGCCAGCAGACUCAGGGCCAUGGUGCAUCAUGGGAACCAGCGAUGGGACACGCUCCAGAGGAGGGUGGCUGCAAUACUGCGCAGACUCCGACAUUUCACAAGCCAGAGAGAAGAGUUUGAGGGAACCCGUGAAAGCCUCGUUAUCUGGCUGAAUGAGAUAGAACGCCAGCUAACCAAUGUGGAGAACUUCUCAGAGAGCCAUGUCCAAGACAAGAUGAAACAGCUGAAGAGUUUUAAGAAGGAGAUCACUCUGAACACCAACAAGAUUGACGCUCUGAUCGUGUUUGGGGAGGGUCUGAUUCAGAGGAGCUGUCCUCAAGACGCUGUUGAGAUAGAAGAUGAGUUAGAGGAGCUGCACACGUACUGUCAAGAUGUGUUUGGCAGAGUCGCCCAAUUCCACCAGCGCCUCACCAGUCUCCGUCCGCAGCUGCAGGAGCAGCUGGAUGUCUUUGAUGGUGGACAGUCCAGAGGGACACAGGGCACAGUCUCCUCCAGCCAGCCCUCCAUGUGUCUGUUACCCCCACCUCAGGAGCCCUCGGGCCGUGACACUCCCAUGAGUGUGGAUUCCAUCCCUCUGGAGUGGGACCACACCGGGGAUGUUGGCGGCUCUUCUUCACACGAUGAGGAAGAGGAUGCUGCUUUCUUCUCUGCCCUGUCAGCACAGAAUUGGCACUUUCAAAACCCGCCUGAAAGGAAAUCCUUCCAGCUGGACUCCUCACCUGCACAUGCCAGCACACCUUUUAAACAAGGCUACGUCCAGCUGAUGUCUGAGUGCAGCGGCAGCAUUAAGAGUGUGAAGCGGGUUUCUAUGAUCCUGGAUGAGGAGGAACAGCAGGAGGAACAAGGCCUCACUGGCCUCAAGACUGCAGACAAGCAGUCAGGAGUGAUUGAGCGCUGGGAGCUGCUGCAGGCUCAAGCAGUUAGUAAAGAGCAGUGCUGCACCAGAGACCCCCAGCAGCUGACCUCUGACCUGCACGACAUCACUUCCUGGCUGGACCGGGUCACCCCUGAGCUGGACAGCCUGCAGAAGCCUGAGACUGCCGUCAGUGUCGAAAUCUUAGAAGAGAGGGUCAAACAACUUAAAGACAUGCAGAAGACAUUUGCUCGCUACAAGACCUUGAUGCUGUCUCUGAACCUGGGUGCACGAGAGCUGCAGCAGGGAGCUACAGAAGGAGCACCUGAGCUUCAGCAGGGUCUGAGCAGCAUGAAUCACCGCUGGACAGAAGCUUGUGCGGGACUAGAGGGGUGGGAGGACAGUCUGCGCACUACCCUGGGACGCUGUCAGGAGUUCCACGAGACGGUCCACUCUCAACUGCUAUGGCUGGCCCAUGCAGAGAGCAGACGCUACACCGUGAACAUGAACGACCCUUCUGUGCAGCCCUCCGUGCUUCAGGAACACAGGAACACCCUGAAGGAUCUGGCAAAGGAGCUGCAGGGCAGACGGAAGCGGGUGAGCUCCCUGCAGGAGAUCCUCUCUGAGCUGCUCCCUGAGGCUGGUGGGGAGGACAGCGCUGAAGCCCGGGAAAAACUCCACGUCAUUGGAAGCAAACUAAGACUACUGUCACGUCAAGUCAACCAGGAUCUCCAGAUGAUUGAAGAGAGAUUGGAGUCCACAACCGAUGCUUCAGGAGACAGGAAAUCAACACAAAGCUCUGGGUCAGAGCGUGAGCCGUCACCUCAGCGCACGUUCUUCUACCGGGUCCUGCGAGCGGCUUUCCCUCUGCAUCUCCUGUUCCUCCUGCUGUUGGUUCUGGCCUGCUUGGUCCCUCUUUCUGAAGACGACUACAGCUGCACCUUUUCCAACAAUUUUGCCCGCUCUUUCCACCCCAUGUUACGCUACACCAACGGUCCCCCUCCCACAUGAGUCUCUCAUUCAAUCAACAGAGCCAUUUUCAUGACUCAAACAUGCCAAGCACCUCGCUUUUGGCCAAGCAAUAUUUUAACGGUCGUGUUUAUAUAAUUGGUUUUAUAGUAUUUAUUCCCCUUUGAGAGCCAUACUAACAAUUUUUUGCUGUAAAGAAAAAUAUCAUUGUAUGAGCCUGAAUGUAAAUCACUGACAAUUUUUGGAAAUCUAUAUAUCUAUGAUUUAAGCACAUCAUGCACUGAUUAAAGGUAGUAAGAUUGAAACUGGAAAAGAUCGACUCUUCAGCCACAUUUUGUGAUGACAUGAUGGAUGGCUGCUAUUUGUUUAGAGAUUACGUGGUCUCCUUUUUAAAUUUGAUAUAAUCAGAAUGAACUGUUCAUAUUUGCAAAGCCCAACACAAAUAUAUAUAUAUAUUUAAAAAAUGCCACAUGGACAUGGAAACAUUUUAAUACACCCCUUUGUAAAUAACACUCUUUUACAAAUGCACUGCAGAGUAGAACAAAAUGUGUUUAGAAAUUAAAGAAAUUCAAUUUCACAAAUUAAACUUUGUUCUGUUUAAAAAUAAACAUUGUCUACAACAAA